GGAUGGGGAAACGUGAUUACGAAGCUCUAGUGUGGGUGUGCCGGAGGAAAGGAGCCUUCAUGGGGACCAGAUUUGCCCAUUGUAGAACGGCUUUGGCCAGGUGGACCUGUCCUCAAACGGAACCUGCACAUAGUGCCGGUGCAAAGUCAACUAGGUAUAUCUGAAAUCAAGAUUUUUUUUAAAGGUUUACAGCAUUGCAUCCUGAAGAGAGGGCAUGAUGUUUUCUUAGCCACUUUUGAAAAUGCCUAAGAAAGACGCCAAGAAGGACGCAAAGAAGGGCGGAAAACCGGAACCAGAGAAAAAGAAAGAGGAGGAAAAGAAAGGGAAGGAUGACAAAAAAGGAGGAAAAGAAGAAAAGAAACCCAGCAAGGAUGAUAAGAAAGGUGGAAAGGAUGAUAAGAAAGGCGGGAAAGAUGAUAAGAAAGGGGGAAAGAAGGGAAAGGAUGAUGGAAAGAAAGGAAAAGACAAAGGGAAAGGUAAGAAAGUGGAGCCCGAGGAGGAUGAGGACGAGCUCCUGAGUGAUGAGGAAGAGGACGAAGAAUUCAGUGAAGAAGAGUCAGAGGAGGAAGACUCAGAGGAUGACAGGAGAGGGAAGGGGCGAGGAGGCAAGGCGACUAAGGGAAAGAAAGGGGGGAAAUCUAGACAUGGGGACUCAGAUGAUGAGGAUGAGGAGGAUGAGGAUGAGGAGGAUGAAGACUAUGAAGAGGAUGGUGGCAAAUCCAAAAAGAAAUCUAAAGAUGGCCACCACCAUAAAGGAGGGAAAUCUGAUGCGGAUGCAAAGAAAAAAGGUAAAAAACGAGAGGAAGCUCCACAGCUUCCAAUAAAGGAAAUCCCAAAGAAAGGUCUGAAGAACAUGUCUAGGAUGUUCAUGAAGUUUUCUGGCUUCAAGAGGCGCAGGAACAGCAGGAAGAAGCUGAAAAGUACAUCACGUUUGUUCUUGGGAUUGGGGAGGAGAAAAACCCGCAUUGCUAAGAAGAAACGCCGCAAGUCCAUGCUGAAGAACACCUCUCGAUUCAUGAUGAGGUUCAAGCGCAGCAAAAAUAAUAAAAAAGAGAAGGAGGCCAAAGAGAAGAUGGAGAAAAAUGGUGGAAAUAAGCCAACCUACAUGCUGCUUCGUCUGGGAGGAGGAAACAAAUCAAAUAAAAAGAAAGGGGGAUUCUUCAAAAACUUGUUUGGAAAAAAGAACGGUGACGGGCCUCCUGACGACUUCAAGAACACAAGUGUGCUGCUGGGUAAGGUUGCAGCGGCAACUAACUGGUUGACCAAGCGCUUCCUGUCCACUAAAAUGCGAGAAAAUGUAGGACACCAUGGCUGGGACGGACAUAGACAUAACCGACAAGCCAGCUCCAGAGGUCGCCUAAAUGGUUACUAUAACAAUGGUUAUGAGAAUGGGGAGGAAGCUUAUGGAUACGACCAGCAACAUUCAGGCAUCCACAAAGCUUAUGGAGGCUACGACGAUGGCUAUGGUGGUUAUGGAGAUGUGGCAACUGUAGUAUAUGAAAGCCACGAUCAGUAUGGUUACUAUGGCAAUGGAGCAGGGGUUGCAGACUAUCAAGACUUAGGUUACUAUGAGGAUGAAGGACUCUUUUAUCCAAAUGCAGAAUAUUAUGAUGUAGGUCCUCAUGAUGACGGCAUGGGGGACUACUAUAACCCUUAUUCUGCCCCAGGCUACUCUAACAACCAGGAAGCUGUUUACUAUGAUGACCAACAACAACAAGCAAUAGCAAUGUAUGGUGACGAGGGUCAGGGCUACUAUGCACAAAUGGGUGACGAUGGAUUCCUUGACCCUCAAGCUCAAGGUUAUUUUGAUGUAAAUGGUCAAGGAGUUUACUACGGUAAUGGACAUGGGGGUUUCUAUGACAACGGACAGGCAAGUUAUUAUGAGGACCCUUAUGCAGCAACUUUGGGAAUACAAGGGGGAUUUCCACCAGACAAUCAAUUUAGUUAUAGUGAUACAGGCAUGCCUUAUCAAGACUACAGCUCCCAGCAGGCCAUCGGAUUUCUACCAGGAGACCAGCAGGUCUUUGGCUUUGGAGGGCAAGGGAUGGAUCAGCUACAGGGCCUGUAUGGGGACCAGAAUCCAGACCAAUAUGAUCAAUAUGGGGAUGAUACCGGUGGAAUUCAGGGAGAGGAGAUGACAUUUAGAGUUCCGAGACCUCAAGUGCGCCUAUUUGGGAAAGAGCGUCUAGAUGUGCCAUUGCCCCCUCCACCUACUUUGCCACCUGAUCCAGAAUUUGAAGACAUGUCAGAAAUCCAGUAUGAAGACCAGUAUCCACUUGCACCAGGUCAUCUUGGUGACAUGAUGUCAAUACAGCAGCAAAUGCAAAUGUCACCACAACAACAAAUGAUGAUGUCUCCUCAAGAACAAAUGAUGUUUUCUCAACAACAAACUAUGUUGUCCCCUCAAGAACAAAUGAUUAUGACCCCACAGAUAAUGUCACCACAGCAACAAAUGAUGUCACCACAGCAACAAAUGAUGUCACCACAGCAGCAGAUGAUGUUACAACAAGAACACUAUAUGUCUGCCCAAAUGAUGCCAUCACAGAUGAUGUCACCACAGCAACAAAUGAUGUUGCCACAGCAACAGAUGAUGCCCCAACAAAUGAUGUCACCACAAGAGCAGAUGAUGUCACAACAAAUGAUGUCACCCCAAGAGCAGAUGUCACCACAGCAACAUAUGAUGCCCAAGCAAAUGAUGUCACCACAGGAGCAGAUGAUGUCACGACAAAUGAUGUCACCACAAGAGCAGAUGAUGUCACAACAAAUGAUGUUACCUCAAGAGCAGAUGAUGUUGCCGCAGCAACGUAUGAUGUCUCCACAAAUGACUUCCCCGCAGCAGAUGAUGGCAGACCCGAUGAUGAUGUCACAAUCACAGGGUUAUGGCCCAGUGAUCCCUACUCCAACGGCCAUGAUUAUUAAGCAAGCAAAUCUGUCCCCCCUUCCUGGGCGGCGCAUGCAACCCUCUCCAACUCCAUCCCGCCGCUCUGUCAUCAUGCCCUCCCCACAGAUGCAGCGCCAACCCUCUACCAUGGCUUCUCCAGCACCUUCUCCUAUGCUUCCACAGAGAUUCAGCCCCUCCCCACAACCAUCCAUGAGGAGUGGGUUCAUCGGUUCCCAGAGACCCCCCUCUGUAAUGUCGAGACAACUCCCACCGCCUUCCUCCCCCAUGGCCUCCCCCAUCGCCCGUCGUAGAAUGCAACCUCAGAGAUCACCUUCUCCCGUGGCUCGAGGACCCUCACCCCCUCACUCUCCCCGUGCCUCCAUGAUUCUGCGAAGUCCUCCACCUUCACCAAGGGCAUCAGUGAGACAACGUUCUCCACCUUCCUCACCCCGGGCUUCUAUGAUGAGGCGAAGUCCCCCAACCUCACCUGCUCCAGCCUCCAGCCCGUUUGGAGGGAGGACGAUGCAUGGUCCAACCUCCCCUCGUCAUGCAUCUCCCCCUCACUCUCCAAAGAUCAGUAGAAGACCAUCUCCCUCUCCCUCCCCAUCUCGUCGCAGUUUGUCUCCUGCAGGUCCUCGGCAGUCCCAAUCAUCUCCUACCCUAUCUCGUCGCUCAACUCGGCUGCUCAGGGACCCCACACCACUGGCCCGGCCUAGGAUGAGGGGAAAUGUUCCCUUAGGUACUGUCAGGCCCUCACCUAUGGGUCUCAGAGGGCGCCCCGUGCCCCCACCCACCCAGAAUGUGCGUCCAUUCCGUCCCUCCUCCAUACAAAGUAAUAGGUCUUCUGUUCUCACAGUGGACUCCUCCCUCCUCUCCUCCCCUUUUCAUUCCCCUCACAUGGUCCACCGUGCCCCUCUGGGGAGGAGAGAAUCUGGUCGAUUUCGUCCUCGCCCUGUGGCUCGAGGACGUCCAAUAGCUCACCAGUCUAUAAGAAGGAUGCCUUCCUCCUCUCCACAGCCCUCCCUUAAACACAUGUCAUAUCCUGCAUCCCCACGCUUUGGCCAAGAGCCAACCCAAGUAGUAGAUGUGGAAUAUGAACAUUAUGCUCCUUCAUCCCCUGUGUUUUCUGGUGCAAUGCGAAACCAGGUAAUUCGGGAUGCGUCCUAUGUUCCCUCACUGCAGAGACCAAUGUCACCUUAUGAGCAGCCCAUGGGCCCUUCAUCUCCCAUGUUGUCUCGGGCUCUGCAGAAUCAAGCUAUACAGGAUGCAUCCUAUGCUUCUCCUUUACAGAGACCAAUGUCCUCUUAUGAACAGCCUAUGGCCCCUUCCUCUCCCAUGUUAUCUCGGGCUCUGCAGAAUCAGGCUAUACAAGAUGCAUCUUACGCUUCUCCUUUACAAAGGCCAAUGUCCCCUUAUGAACAGCCUAUGGCCCCUUCAUCUCCCAUGUUGUCUCGGGCUUUGCAGAAUCAGGCUAUACAAGAUGCAUCUUACGCUUCUCCUUUACAAAGGCCAAUGUCCUCUUAUGAGCAGCCGAUGCACCCUUCUUCCCCAAUGCUAUCCGGAGCGCUUCAAAACCAGGCAGUGAGAGAAGCUUCCUAUGCAUCUCCUCUUCAAAGGCCUCAGUCCCCAUAUGACCAAUCUGUACCUUCAUCUCCAAUGCUAUCUGGAGCCAUGAGACAUAGUCAGGCACUAAGAGGUGUGGCUUCUUAUCAGACUCCACAACUCCAUUCACCAUAUGGACCAACUAUCGUUACACCAUAUGAUUAUAUCUCUGAGCCUGGUCCAUCACCACUGCUUCAUGAUGCCCUACAAAACAGGUCUAAUUUGCAGUAUGUGUCAUCUUUAAGAUCCCCUAUGAUGCAACGUCGUAACCCUUAUUCACCAGCUGGGCCUCAGCUCCAUAAUGCUCUUCAACAGAACCCAAAUCUCCGCCAAGCAUCUUAUCAGACACCUAUGCAACUCAGACGGUCCCCAUAUGGACCCCCACCACCCUCCUCACCAAUGUUAGGAAGUGCUCUGCCAAUCUCACAGUUGGCGCAGGCAUCCUACCGGCUGCCAGAUGGAACCUUAGUGUCACCAUAUGCACAUACACCGUCCUCUCCAUUGCUCGGCCAUGCCUUGCAAAACCAACAAGUUCGGGGCGCCUCGUACACUUUGCCUGAUGGAUCAGUUAUCAUGGACCCACGUAUCCCCCAGAAGCCCAUGUCGCCUAACCUUUCCAGAGCUCUUCAAAACCAGAAUGUCAAGACUGCUUCAUAUACUCUUCCUGAUGGCACCAUUAUAGACCCGAGGCAGCAGCAAGCCAUUUCCCCAAACCUGGCUAAGGCCCUAAGCAACCCAGCUCUGCGUGCAGCCUCCUAUUCCCUCCCAGAUGGUACCAUUGUGAUUGACCCUAAGAAACCGAAGUCCCCAAACCUUACAGCAGCACUUCAGAACCCUUACCUGAAAAGUGCAGCUUACACCCUGCCCGAUGGUACUAUCAUCAUUGAUCCACGGAAACCUGUCUCUCCAAACCUCUCCAGCGCACUACAAAACUCUGCACUGCGGGAUGCCUCCUUCACACUACCGAAAGGGGUUCAGGACCCAAAUAUACCCAUGUCACCAAACUUGGCAAAGGCCCUCAGUAACCCAGCUUUGAAAGGAGCUACAUACACCCUCCCAGAUGGAACAAUUAUAGUUGACCCAAGGAAACCAAAGAGCCCCAACCUGACAGCCGCCCUGCAGAAUCCCUAUUUAAAGGGUGUGUCCUACACCCUGCCUGAUGGAACCAUCAUCAUUGACCCACGGAAACCAGCUAGCCCUGACCUGUCUAAAGCUCUAAUGAAUGAGAACCUUCGUAGUGCAUCAUAUCGACUCCCUGAUGGUACCCUGGUUAUCCCUGGCCAGAAGCCCAACCUCUCAGCUGCUCUGAGGCAAAACCAGGCUCUUCGGUCUUCAGAUCUCUAUAAUCUAGGAGAAAACUCUGUUCUAUCAGGUGCACCCAGACCCACCCCUCCCAACCUUGCCUCUGCGCUGCGGAAUGAGGAACUCCGUAGUGUCAAUUUCAGGCUGCCGGAUGGCUCUGUCCUCACACGUCAGUUCCACAACCCUAGGCUGUCUGAAGCCGUCCAAAACCAGCAGCUUCGCUAUGCCUCAUACACGUUGCCAACAGGCCUGCAGGGGGAGGAUAAUCGCUAUGCUGUGAUUCCUCCCUAUGGACCACGCUCAGGACACUGGGCCAGGAAUGCCCGAGGAGGAGGGGAAGGAGGGGAAGACGUUUGGGCAGCUGAGAGGGUUUUACCACAUGGGACGGUCCAGAAUCUGUCAAAAUGGGCCAUGUACAGAGAAGAUGGGGUGUUAGAAGGAUAUUCACCCACAGUUCGACUUGUGGACGAAAAGCCUCAGGACACAAACUGGACUCCUGACAGAGAUAGAGUACCUGGUCAAAGCUGGUAUGACAAGAUCUACUCUAUCCUAAGCAUGCCCACAGCAGGCCACAGGGUUAAACGCUGGGCGGAAGGAAUGGAGGACAUGACACAGCUGCCUGAACUGAAUGAGACCACAGUUCUGAUGAACCUAAAGAAGCGCUAUGACCAGGAACUUGUUUAUACCUACAUAGGCAGCAUCCUUGUGUCUGUGAAUCCCUACAAGUUGCUCAACAUUUAUGGCACAGACAUGGUGCUUCUGUAUGGGGGCCGCGGCCUGAGUGACAACCCUCCUCAUCUUUUUGCCAUUGCUAAUCGCUCAUAUACCACCAUGAUGGAUGCCAAAAAGGACCAAUGCAUUGUGAUCAGCGGAGAAAGCGGGUCAGGGAAGACUGAAGCUACUAAACUGAUCCUGCGUUACCUGACAGCCAUACAUCACAAGUGCAACGUCACGCAACAGAUAGAGAUCCUGGAGGCCACGCCCCUGUUGGAGUCUUUUGGGAAUGCCAAAACAGUGCGGAAUGACAACUCUUCACGGUUUGGCAAAUACACGCAGAUCUUCAUGGAGGAGGGUGUAAUCAGCGGUGCCAUAACGUCUCAGUACCUGCUGGAGAAGUCCCGCAUUGUCUUUCAGGCCAAAUCGGAGAGGAACUAUCACAUCUUCUAUGAGAUGUUGGCAGGUCUUCCUCCUCAUGAGAAGCGCUCACUGUAUCUGCAGGAAGCUGAGACUUACUACUAUCUCAAUCAGGGAGGGGAUUGUACCAUAGAGGGAAAAGAUGACGGGGAGGACUUCAGACGUCUGCUGAGUGCCAUGGACAUUCUGUGUUUCACCCCAGAGGAACUAAACUGCAUCUACAGACUGCUGUCCUCCAUCCUUCAUCUGGGGAACGUCUACUUCCAGCCACACCAGGCGGAGGGUCAGGAGGUUGCCUCGGUGGUGAGCGCGCAGGAGAUCAGGGUUGUAGCUGAGCUGCUGCAGGUCUCACCUGACGGCCUGCAGAAGUCUGUCACCUUCAAACAGACAGAUACAGUAAGGGAGAAGAUCUUUACACCACUCACAGUAGAGAGUGCUGUGGAUGCCAGAGAUGCCGUUGCCAAGAUCCUGUACUCGCUGCUGUUUAGUUGGCUGACAGAGCGCAUCAACGGACGGGUCUACCCUCGCAACGAAGCCCUCUCCAUCUCCAUAUUGGACAUAUAUGGAUUUGAGGAGCUACAGGUGAACAGUUUUGAGCAGCUGUGCAUCAACUACGCCAAUGAAACGUUGCAGUUCUUCUUUAACAGGGUCAUCUUCCAGGAGGAGCAGGAGGAGUACAUGCGGGAACAGAUCAUGUGGCAGCAACAGCCCUUCAGCCACAACCAGGCCUGUCUGGACCUCAUCGCUGCGAGGCCUCAUGGGAUACUGCGCAUACUGGACGACCAGUGUGGCUUCCCUCAGGCAACAGACCACACCUUCCUUCAGAAGUGCCACUAUCACCAUGGAAACAACCCGCUAUAUGCCAGGCCAAAGAUGCCACUGCCAGAGUUCACCCUGAAACACUAUGCUGGGAAAGUCACGUACCAGGUGCACAAAUUCUUGGAUAAGAACUUCGACACAGUCCGCCAGGAUGUUUUAGACCUCUUCAUCCAGAGCAAGAACAGGAUGGUAUCCAGCUUCUUCUUAAAGCACUCAGAGUCUGGGUCUCAGCAGCGGCGCAGCAGCGCGGCUCGUCGUUACCAGGCCAACACGGUCAGCGCAAAGUUUCAGAGCAGCCUGCAGGAGCUGCUGGAGAAGAUGGAAAGGUGUAACCCUUAUUUUGUGCGAUGCAUCAAGCCAAACCAUCAUAAGGAGCCAGGAGUGUUUGACAUGGAGCUGGUUAACACUCAACUACAUUACUCUGGCAUCAUGGAGACCAUCCAUAUCAGGAAGGAGGGUUAUCCAAUCAGACUGCACUUUCACAGCUUCCUAAAAAGGUAUAAAGCUCUGCUCUGCCUGAAAGAUCCUCCACCUGCAGACGGGGAAAACUGUGUCAACAUGCUCCACAAGCUCGCUCUGGUCAAGAGCGGCUCGUAUCAGCUGGGAGUCAGUAAGAUUUUCCUGAAAGAGGAGCUGUAUCAGCUGUUGGAGGGGAAACGUGACCGUGUGCUGAACAUCGCUGCCGAGACACUGCAGAGAUACACCCGCGCAUGUCUUGUCCGAAAGAACUUUGCCAAGUUAAGACAGAAUGCGACCCUGUUGAAAGCUCGCUGCAAAGGCUACCUGGCCAGAAAAAGAUUUGCUCUGAGGAGGAAGUACCUCAUCAGGCUCCGCUCGGCUGUGCUUCUCAUCGCCAACUGCCAGCGUUACAUGAGGACAGUGGUGCAGCCUGCAAGGAAGGCAGAGGAGGAUCGCAUCAACAGAGAAGUGGUAAAUGUAACAACGCUGCCUAUCCCUGCUGACCUGGCAGUUCUGCUACAGGCAGCCUCAGGUGGUGAAGAGCUGCACUGUGACUGCUUGGCUGUGGUCCAGGCUCCAAAGGUUCAGAUUGACCCCCAGCUGACUCUGCCCCUGGACAUCAACAACUACCUCAUGACACACUACAUCCGGGCCAUAUUUAGGGAACCGUUGUUUGGGAUGCUGACAGCCCCGCUGGAAAGUUCACUGAUUCGAAUGGAUGAAGAGCUAAUACAAGGAGCUCUGAACGUUUUCAUUCUGAUACUAAGAUUCAUGGGUGAUCCAAACUUGAAUGGGGCUCAGGAGAAUCUAUUUGGGAACUACAUUAUCCAGAGAGGACUUGCCAAUCCCAGCCUGCGAGAUGAGAUCCUGGUUCAGGUAGCCAAUCAAGUUUGGAGGAAUCCUAACAUUUUGAAUUCAGAGCGUGGUUGGCUCCUCUUGUCCUCCUGUCUCUCUGCCUUCCUGCCCUCUCAAAGGCUGGCCAAGUACUUGUUGAAGUUUGUGUCUGACUACGGGCCAGAGGGCUACGACUGUGUGUGUCAGCACCGUCUGCUUCAAGCUCUGCAGCGGUUAAAUGUCGGUACAGAUUAUAUUCGGACAUACCCACCCUGUCUACUAGAGUGGACCGCCAAUCGCAAAAGAGCUCACACUGUCCUGCACAUACACUGUUUUGAUGGUGUGUCGCUCCUGUGUCCUCUGCACUCCUGGACAACAGGAGAAGAAAUGGCCAAAGAUAUUUUACAACACAGGGGUGUGGUGGAGGGCCGUCAAGGCUGGUCGGUGCUGCUGAAGGAGCCGGCCCAGUGGGUGGAGCUGGAGGGCUCAGACUAUGUUCUUGACCUGAUGUCAGACCUGGAGCUUCCUGCUGACUUCCCCAAACACAGCAGCUACUUCAUCAUCUCUGCACAGGAACCAACCAGAGUGCGGCCCAAUGCCAGCAUAAGCCUAUUGGGUGGUGGGUUUGACAUGAAGGAUGAUGGCAUGUCUUCAGUCAUACCUGGCUCUGUUGGACAUGACUUGGAGCCUCAGAGAGGGAUGGAUCGUUAUCUCGACAGCCUGUUUGACCCUGUACUGUCUGAGGGAACUGGAGAAGUAGAAUCAGCUGCAGGACUAUCCAGCAGGAUGAAGGGGGCUGGGGGAGUUGGAGGGGGUUGGCAACAGCAAGGGCAGUCAACCGGCCCCCCACCUCCACCUGGGGCUGUGAGAGUCCUUCCCGUGGGUGGUGUGAUGUUGCCUCAUGUCGCGGCAGUGGCACCUGUAACACCUGAUGCCCAGGAAGCUGUUUUGGCCCAGCAGCAGCAGGCAAUCAUGAACCAGCAGGCUAUCAUCAUGGCCCAGCAGAUGACCAUGCAGGCUAUGGCCAUGGUUGGCAGCCCAGUGACAAGCCCCCCCACCUCCCCGAUCACAAGUCCUCCCAUGAGUCCCCUGCCUCACCAUUCUCCCAGUCCAUACUCCUACGCCAGCCCUUACGCUGUCAUACCCCCGAGUCCAUACGCUAACAUCCCGCCCAGCCCCUAUGCUAACUUCACUCCCACACCUUACGCUGCAGCAGACACCCCGCCCAGGCAUCCCUAUCCUCCUCCUACUCAAUUGGAACAAACUUCAUCGUACCAUCAAGUUCAGCCUCCUGCAGAGCCCCAGAACCAGCCUCAGGCCCCCCACCACAAUCCUCAGCAGAGCUCCACUAAAAUUAACAAAACGGAGCCAGCACAGCCUAAAGCUAACACUGCUUCACGGGUUCAGUCAGGUAAGGACAGCGUCUCUCGGAGGAAGGCUCCAGGCAUCCCCAUAAACAAGGACACACCAGUCAGGAAGUUUGCCCCAGUUGUGACGACGCCUCCGCCCCCUGCUGGAGAGGUGGUGAAGUACUCGGCUCGGACUACAGAUUUUGUUGCCCCCAGCCAAGAUAUUAAAGAAAUCAUCAAAAGGUACAACUCCCCACCUCCGCCAGCAGACCUGCUGCCAUCUAACAAGAGGAGACCAGAGGGGAAGUUUAAGAAAAAGCAAAACCCUCGUGAUGAAGCUUUACAGAUCUUAAAGCCACAAAUGGACCACCCUCCUGCUCCACAGCCCAAAGGUCCCGUUCCCCUCUCAUCGUCUGCGUCUCCAAUGAAGGAGGCGGGAUUUAAACCCACCAGGAGCAUAAAGACAAGAGCACCUGAUCGUCCUCUCCCCAUACCUCCUCCAGUGUCUCGAGAGCUUCCAGUAGAGACUGAGACCAUCCAGACCCAACUUCAUCAGAGAACCAAUGAAGAGCACUACACCUACACCAAUGUUCCCUGGAGACUGUACCUCAGGAAGGAGGUUUUUUAUCCCAAAGACAGCUUCAACAAUCCUCUGGUGCUAGACCUCAUUUUCAAACAGAUAGUGAACGACACUCUGUCGGAGGCUUGUGUUCGCAUCACCCGGGAUGAAAGGCAGAAAAUGAAGGCUCUUUUCGUCAAACACGAGGUGGAACAGAAUAUGGAUCCAGUGGAGGAGCAUGUGAAGAAAACCAUUGUGACGGCUGCCAGGGAAACCUGGGAAAUUUACUUCUCCCGUCUGUUCCCUGCAUCGGGUAGUGUAGGAACAGGUGUGCAAGUGUUGUCAGUGUCCCACAGCGGGAUAAAGCUGUUAAAGACGGUAAAAAGCAGCGCUGCAGCUCCAGACUACUUCAGAGUCCUACAAGCCUACACGUUUGCAGACAUCCUGUUUGUAACCAUCCCCUCUGAGAACAUGCUGGAGUUCAAUCUGACCAAUGAGAAACUGAUCCUGUUCUCAGCCAAGGCACCGCAAGUCAAACAUCUCAUUGACACCUUCAUUAAUGAGAUCAAAAAGGACUCUGAUUAUGUUAUUGCAGAGCGAAACUUUGUGACAGACGACCGCUCGAUGCUCAGUUUUCACAAAGGUGACAUCAUCAGGCUACAGGUUAUGGACGGACUGGAGAAGGGUUACAGUUACGGAUGUGUGGUGAGGAAGAAGUUGGUGUUUUUAGAGGAACUGAAUAGAGACACUCAAGACUUCGGUUGGAAGUUUGGUGCUUUGUUUGGCCGAUCCGGUGCAUUCCCGGCUGAGUGCGUCCAUCCCGUGGCUCCUCCUGACUUCCUGUCGCUGCCACUGGACCGCAAGGCGGAGCCUCGAGGAGGAGCGGGACAGUUUGCUGUGUCGUCAGCCAUUGCUGUUGCUGUGGCGUCCACCAUGGCUGCACAUGAAAUAGAUCAAACAAUUGAGAGGGUUUCCCUUGACGGCUUUGCUGAUGGAGAUCUGGAUGAGACGGCCCUGCAAGAUAGUAAAUAUGACAUGUUGGAGUUUGCCAAGAAAUACUUCAGACAGGGAAACAACAUGAAGGGAGAUUCCCUGAAGAGCAAAAGCAAGAACAGAGACUCCAGAGAACCCACUGAAAUGAUCAAGUUCUCCAAGACUCCUCUGACUGAGUCUCUGAUAGAGUUUACGGACCCAGUCAUGAACAGAGUGGCAACUGAUCUCUUCCUGUUGGUGAUGCGUUUCAUGGGUGACUCACCGUCAAGGGGAUCCACAGAGCAGGAAGUGGUCAGCACUUUCCUCAAGCUCAUAGGAGAGUUCACCUUGAUGAGGGAUGAGGCCUACUGCCAACUCCUCAAACAGCUGACGACUAAUACCAGCUCCAAACCUGAUAGCUGCCAACGAGGUUGGAGGCUGCUGUACAUCCUUACUGCUUUCCAUCGCUGCUCUGAAGUCCUAAAGCCCUUCCUGCUGAAGAACCUGCUGCAGGCUUCUCGCAGCGCUGGGGCACAGUAUCAGGGCAUCGCUAAAGCAUGCGAGCAAAACCUGAAGAAGACGUUCAAGUACGGCGGCCGCAUUGUUUCACCCAACAGCAUGGAGCUGAAGGCUAUGAUGGCGGGACGUAGUUCAAAACGUCAGCUGUUUCUCUUUCCUGGAGGCAUUGAACGUCACGUGAAAAUCAAAACGUGCUCUGUUGCCCUGGAGGUGAUUGAGGAGCUGUGUUUUGAGAUGGGUUUACACAAACUGGAGGCCAUGGAGGAAUAUGCCAUAUUUUUAGUCACCAACAGAGGUCAGAAUGUGCGUCCUCUGAACAAACACGAGUACAUCAUGGAUGUUGCAACCGAGGCUGAGUUAGUCGAUACCAACUACAGCUUCUGGUUCAGACGAGUCGUCUGGACUCAACCGCUCAAGUUUGAUAAUGAGCUCUGUGUUGCCAUGCAUUACAACCAGAUCCUGCCCGACUACCGUAAAGGCCUGCUAAAUGUUCUUCCACAUGGAAAAGUGAGCGAUCAACAGUUCCACCAAAUCUCCAAACUAGCAGCUUUGCAGCACAGAGCCAAGGACAUCAUCUUCAUCCCCAGCAUACAUGAAUUAUCAGAGUACAUUGCCCCACCUCUGUUCAAAAAGCAGCCACCCCAGCAGUGGGUUACCAUGGUGACACAGCACAUGCAGCAAGUGCAGACCUUGAACCCGCACCAGGCCAGAGCACAGUUUCUGGGGCUGAUCAGCGCAUUCCCCAUGUUCGGCUCCUCGUUCUUCUACAUCCACAGCAGCAGCUCCACCACCUUCUACGCGCCCUGUAUUGUUGCUGUCAAUCAACAUGGCCUCCACUUCCUGCACAAAAAUACACACGAGCUGAUGGCAGUGGUCCCCCUGGUGGAGGUGCAGUCCAGCCGCACCCAAAGGCCAACUGCUGGAACGAGUUACCCGUAUGUAGACUUCACCCUGGGGGACUUGAACAUGCAACGGGUCAUUCAGCUGCAGCUGGAACAGGGCCUGGAGUUGUGUCGAGUCAUCGCCAUGCAGGUGGAAAACAUGAUGUCUGUGCGGGAGAGGAGACUCACCCUGCCACCCAGUGAAAUCACCAUGUUAUAACUUAUGCUCAUGCCUCAUUGUAACGCACACAUUUGUAUGAACCCACACAUACAUGUAGACGAAACCGUUAUAAAUAGCCUACCUCUUCUUGCCUUCAGGUAUUUUAAUAUGCGAUGUGAAUGCAUAAGUGUACCCUGAAAUCAGACUCCUUUAACUUGAUGAUUAUACUACAUUACAUGAAACAAAGUGCAUCCUGAAGGCAAUGAAAAGUCAAUAUAAGUUAAUGUUUCUUUCAGGUUGACGCCUUUAUAAUUGCACUUACUACCUUAAUUUUAAUUGAUCAAACACAAAAGAUGUUUUAAAAUGUGCAGAAAUGGAAGAAACGUCUCAGGCCUGUGCCUUGUCAUUACAAAGUUUUAUAACUGAUAUGUAACAUGUUUUUUAUUUAUAUUUUUUAUUGAUACUGUUUACUGUGAAACUUGAUAGUGAAACAAUUGUUGUAUAUAACCAAUAUUAAUCCAUCAACCUUCUUGUUUUGUAAAGCAUAUUUUAUCAAAAUA